CUUCAUAUUUCAUAUUUCAUAUUUCAGCAAUUUUACUUCAACACCAGUACUUUUUUUUCCUUUUUCUUUUUUUCCUCACGCAUCACGAUACGUCUCUCUAACAUGGAUAAAUUAAUAUGGCGCAAAGCUGCGCAUGCCACGGCAUACCUCCGGCCAACAGCUACCAAAAUAAUAUUCCUCAAUCAACCCCACCUCGUCCGUCAUGCUAGCACGGUCCCGUCGAUUACGCAGCCAUCGUUUUGGAAGAAUAUGAUACCAAAACCAUUCCGACGCUCAAAACAAUCUGUGAACUGGGGCGUGCCUAAGAAACCUAAAUCGAAAGAAUGGAAUCCAGCAACAUUCUACAUCGUCAUCUUCCUCUUUAUUGGGUCCAUGGCUAUCCAGAUGAUCGUCUUGAAGAAGGACUUUGACACGUUUAUGAGGCGGUCCGAGGUUCGGAUCGGGUUGCUACGUGAGGUUGUAGAGAAACUACAAAGAGGCGAAAAAAUCGACGUCCAGAAAGCCUUAGGGGCUGGUGAUGUCGAGAAAGAGAAAGAGUGGGAGGAAGUACUCAGAGAGAUCGAACGCGAAGAUAUCCUCAAGAAUACGAAGAAGCCCGAAAACACAAAACAGAUCGUGGCAGAUUCCGUAAAGGAUGAGUCGAGUGGUCCAACCUCUACGGAAAUUAAGGAGCAUCACAAGACGAAAACUGGAAGCUACUCGAAUUUUUUCUAACUCAUAAAUUAUAUUGCAGGUUGCA